AGGAAUCCUAUUUCUUCUCGAGUCAUGUGAACCCUUUCUAUCUUUUCUUGUCUUCAUUUCCUUAUUAGGGUUAGGGUUUUUAGCUUCUCCUGCCACUCCCCUUGCUUAUCUCUCGUGCUAUCCUCAGACCAAGCGCCAAGUUACUUCCUUUUCCCCCCUUUCUGGGUUAUUGGAGCAUUGGGAAUUUCGUUGUUCGUGAAUUUGUCUCACUGUCGCUCGUUGAGCUUUCCCUUCUGUUUCUGGAUCUGCAUCUGUUGCGGGCCGUCAAUGGAAGCCAGGAAGAGAGGGAGGCCUGAAGCCAGCGGCAACUCUAAUGGUGGAUUCAAGAAAUCUAGACAAGAAAUGGACUCGUUAUCAACCGGUGUAGGAAGCAAAUCGAAGCCAUGCACCAAAUUUUUCAGUACUAACGGGUGUCCAUUUGGUGAGAGCUGCCACUUCUUGCACUAUGUACCUGGUGGUUACAAUGCGGUCUCCCAAAUAAUGAAUCGGUCCUCCGCCCCUCCCAUGCCGAGGAAUAUCCCUACCCCACCACCUAUGUCCUAUGGCAACACACCACCUGGUCCUCCCUAUGGUUCUUCUUCCUCCUCCCCUUCAAUCAAAAACCGCAUGUGUAACAAAUACAGCAGUGCAGAAGGAUGUAAAUAUGGCGACAAAUGCCAUUUCGCACAUGGUGAGUGGGAGCUUGGAAGGCCAGUUCCUCCAUCUCAUGACGAUCCUCGGAUGAUGGGUGGGCCUAUGCCUCCGAUGCAGGGGCGUAUGGGAGGGAUGCGAAUGGACCCACCACACCAACCUGGCCCGGUCCCCGGGUUUGGCGAUACAGCAACUACCAAAAUCAGUGUGGAUUCUUCCCUCGCGGGAGCCAUUAUUGGGAAAGGUGGCGUGAAUUCCAAGCAGAUAUGUCGACAAACGGGCGUGAAGCUUUCGAUCAGGGACCACGAGACGGACCCCAACUUGAGGAACAUUGAGCUCGAUGGGACCCUCGAGCAGGUCGGCAGAGCUAGCGCAAUGGUGAGAGAGCUAAUCGGGAACGUUGGUCAUGGAGGUGGUGGGCAUGGGAGAGGAGGCCCAGGAGCUUCUGGAGAGAAGCAGCAUCCCGGUAGCAAUUACAAGACCAAGAUAUGUGAUAAUUUUAACAAAGGGACUUGCAGUUUUGGUCAGAGAUGCCACUUUGCUCAUGGUGCUGCCGAGUUGCGGAACUCGGGUGCAGGAGGAGUGUGAAAAUGUAAGUGUUUGUUGUUCCGGAUCUCGUUAGGAUAUGGCUAGUUUAGCUUGGCUGGUUGAGUUUGUGUGAAAGAGAUAGACAUGGGUGUAUUGGGGGAGCUCUGUUUUUUACUGUGUUAGGGGGAUAGAUAUAUGUUAGUGGAAGAGACGUGGUUGUUCAUACCAGCAUUCUUUUUAACGUUUUUGUCUUCCCAUAUUUAAGCUAGUGCAUCGCAUCGUUAGUAAACUUCUUCAUUUGAUUGCUGGACGAACUUGUUUCUCAUUUUGGUGGCCUGGAAACUUGCUUGCAAAGUACUAUUAAGUGGUCUGAUUGUAGGGAUGAGAAUCAGGUGCGCAUAUCUCCGGUUUGGCAGUAGAACUUUAGAGCUUCUUGUUUUUGCGUGCAAUACCAGAAUUGUGGGUCUUUUUUUUUUUUUUUU